GCUGUAACAAAAAUGUCAAAAUUAGUGUUUUUGUUUGACAAGUUGAUUAUUUGAAACGCAUGAAACAAUCCAAAAAAUAAAAAAAUAGCCAAGCGAUUUUCCUGAUACAAGAAGUAUUCUAGAAUUCAUUUAUUUCCGGUAAAUAGCUAAUCUCCAGGAUGAUUAUACCGGUGCGCUGUUUCACGUGCGGCAAAGUGAUUGGAAACAAAUGGGAGGCCUACCUUGGGUUGCUACAGGCGGAAUAUACGGAAGGUGACGCUCUGGAUGCUCUUGGUUUGAAGCGAUACUGCUGUCGCCGAAUGCUGCUCGGGCACGUCGAUCUGAUUGAAAAACUUCUGAACUAUGCGCCCCUGGAAAAGUAAACUAGCGAGACUUCGAUUGAUUUUGUGUAGGAUUAGGCUGUAAGAUAUUUUAAUGUUCAAUAAACUAAUAUUACUUCAAUAAAAAUGUAGUUCGCCU